AUGGUAAACAAAAUUGGCAUAUUCCCGGCCUCUGGUGGCCUAGGAGGCAGUACCCUUAAGCACCUUCUUGGGCUAGUCCCAGCCAAUGAAGUGGUGCUCGUCGCUCGCAGCCCAGAGAAACUCAGCAAAGAGAAAGCUGCCGGAGCUAUCAUCCGCAAGGCCGAUUACGACAAUACCCAGACACUCGACCAUGCGUUUGACGGGAUUUCGUCUCUGAACUUGAUCUCUUAUGCUAGUAUUCAACACGAGUAUCGAUUCAAGGUACAUAAAUCCGCGAUUGAUGCAGCUCGGAAGAGUGGCGUUAAGCAUAUCUUUUACUCGUCUCUUGCGUUUGCUGGUGAUGGAAACCUCGAUACUAAGGCCCAAGUCAUGCUUGCCCACCUUGCAACAGAGAAGUAUCUGGCCGAGCUACAUGCCCAGGACCCACAGUUCACGUACACUGUCAUCCGCCAAGGGUUGUAUUCAGAGUCCUUCCCACUCUAUACUGCCUUCUUCGAUCUCAAAGCUCCGUCUAACGAGAUUUGUAUCCCUCACGAUGGCUCGGGACCUGGCCUUGCUUGGGCUAAGCAAGACGAGUUGGGGGAAGCAACCGCAAAACUUAUUGCACAACACGCCCAAGAUCCCGCUGCUUUCCCUCAUUUAAACAAAACUGUCCUUCUCUCGGGCCCUCGUGCUUUGUCUCUCAAUGAAACAGCGGAUGUAUUCAGCCGCGUGCUCAAUAUGCCGAUCAAGGUCCGCCAGGUAGAUGUGGACGAGUACGUCAAACAGCCACAGGUCCAAGCUGGUCUCACAUAUGGUGGUGGCAACUGGGCGCCUCUCUGGGCGACUGCUUUUGAUGGGAUCCGCGAUGGCGAAUGUGCAGUAGUUACCCCAAAUCUGGCUCAAAUACUUGGCCGGGAACCUGAGCAGUUUGAAACAACUGUAAAGAACAUGCUUUCGACGUGA